AUGGCAGGCAAAGAGCUGUCUCCGCAAGAGAAGCUCGCUUUGAUCAAAGACCAAUUGCAGGAGGUUCUACACGAAGACAUUCUUGAAAAUGUCAUUCUGAAAGAGCAGAGACCAUUGAUAAUCUACUGGGGUACAGCCACGACAGGAAGACCGCAUUGCGGCUACUUCGUGCCAAUGAUGAAAAUUGCGCACUUUCUCCGAGCGGGCUGUCGGGUCAAGAUCCUUCUGGCAGACAUCCACGGGUUUCUCGACAAUUUGAAAGCGCCCAUCGAGUUGGUCAAAUUCCGGGCGGAAUACUACAAAUACAUUAUCCAAUCCCUCCUGAAGGCCGUCGGCGUGAGUUUGGAGAAGCUGGAAUUCGUUCUAGGCUCCUCUUACCAAUUGAGCGCAGAUUACACCAUGGAUGUCUUCCGACUGAGUAGCGUGGUGACAGAGCACGAUGCCAAAAAGGCCGGUGCUGAGGUCGUCAAACAGGUUGAAAAUGCCACAUUAUCUGGACUGAUCUAUCCCUUGAUGCAGGCACUGGAUGAGCAGCAUUUGGGCGUCGAUGCACAAUUUGGUGGAGUCGAUCAGAGAAAAAUAUUUGCUCUGGCACAAGAAACUCUUCCCAAGAUUGGCUAUAAAGAACGAGCGCAUUUGAUGAAUCCUAUGGUACCCGGUCUGGCUGGUGGCAAAAUGUCUGCCUCAGACCCCGACUCCAAAAUCGACAUUCUCGACACGGCUGACGCAGUCAGAAAGAAGCUCCGCAAAGCCUAUGCAGCUGCUGGAGAAAUCGAAGGAAAUGGCAUAAUAUCUUUUGUCGAAUAUGUGUUACUACCCAUCAGCUCUCUGCGAGAUCCCGAAGGAAAAGGAUCCUUCGUGUGCGAGAGAAGAGAAGGAGAAGGAGAGCCGCUGGUGUAUCACGAUAUUGAGACCCUGAAGGAGGAUUACCGAGCCGACAAGCUCACCCCACAAUUGCUCAAGGCUGGCGCAGCUACCGCUCUUGUAGAGUUGCUGGCUCCCAUUCAAGCCGAAUUCCAGGCGUCACCGGAAUGGCAAGAGAUUGAGAAGAAAGCCUACCCUCCUCCCGAGCCGGCCAAGAAGAAGAAGCAACCAAAGGAUAAAGGCUCAAGGUACCCGGGUGCGAGCAACGUCACUAGCAAACCGGACGGAUCGAUCGAGGGCGAGGGGAAGGAAGAAGUUGAGGUGGGAAAGACAGCAGAGCAAGCAAUGUCGAACCUGGACAUCAACGGUCAAGCUUCAUGA